AUGACUUCAUUAUCAUAUAGAAAUGAUCGAUCAAUCGAUGAAGAUGAUGAAUACGAAUAUGCAGGAGAUGAUAUAGAUAAUGCUCGAGUUGAAAUGUAUGAUGAUGAAGAAGAUGAUAGUAAUGAUGAUGAACAAAUAGUUCAAAAAAAUAAUAAUGCGAGUCGAAAUAAAAGUCAUACAACAUUUAAUGAUGAAACAAAUUUAAUUGAUUAUGUUAUUGAAGAAGAAAAAGAAAUUGGUGGUAAUAAAGGUGAAGAUAGUUAUUAUACAAGUCGUUCAACAACGUAUUCAAGUUUGAUAAGUAAUGAUGACGAUGAAGAAGAUAGUGUUGAUAAAGAUGAUGAUGAACAAUCAAAAACAAAUGAAAACGGAAAAAAUAAAAAACUAAAAAUUACAGCAAAAGAAGAAGGUGAAAUGAUUCGAGCACGAGCUUUUCUUAAUCGACUUGAUAAUAAAGUUCGAGAAAAAGAUGAUGCAGUCAAACAAAUCAGAGAAUCAAUGUAUUUAACAAAAGAGAAAAUAGCAACUAUGGAAAAAAACAAAAGACAAUUAGAAAAAGAUAUCGAUAAAGCACAAGAUCAAGAUAAUGUUACCAUCGUUAAUCGACUUUGUAGUGAAUUACAUCGUGUCGAACGUGAAAUUAUUCUUGACCAUGAUGUUAUCACUGAUUUAAAAAGCAAACUUGAUGUUGCUGAAAUGAUUCGUACGAAAGCAAUUGUAGAGCGUGUACGUUACAAUGCUGAAGAGAGUGUACUGAAAGAAAAAGAAUCCUAUUUAAUUGAACAAAAACGUAUUCUUGCACAAAUGCGUCAACGUCAAGAAGAUUGGAAAGUUAAUCAAAUGAAACGAGUACAUGUAUCUACAUUAAAUACACAAAAACAAGCAAUUGAACAACAAGCAGUUGCUCAACGAAAUGCCAUUGAUGAAGCUCGUCGAAGUAAAAAAGUUGCACAUAAAUAUUUACAACAAACAUUUGAAAAGAUUCGUACUGAAAAACGUAAUGAAGAAGAAGCAAGUCGAGAAGAAACUGAAAGAAAAAUAAAAAGUUUACUUAAUUUACGUAAUGCUAUUGAACGAAAUAAAGAUGCAAUAUCAAUAAAAUUAGCACAAAAACGAUCACAAGAUCGUGAUUUACGUGAUAAUAAAAAACGUGAACAAGAAACUAUUGAAAGUGAAGGACAAAAUGGCGUAUUUUAUAUGUUACGUAAACAAAAAAAUGAAAAAUUAGAACAAAUGCAAAAAACUUUUUCUGAACAACAAGAAUUAAAUCGUUUAGUUAUUGUUGAUAAAAUUCUUAAAGAAGAAAAUGAAAAAGAAAGAAAACGAAGAUUAUAUCCGGAAUUUUAUAAAAAGAGUAGAUCAUCGAAUAUUUCAACUGUACCAAUAAAACAAAAAGAUAAAUCACAAUCUAAUCAUGAAGAUUUCCCAGUUCAGCUUGUUCCAAAAUCAGAAUUAGAUAUGGAUCCAAUUGAUUAUGCAUCAUCAAUGACAUCUGCGUAUCAACAUGAUGAAUUCGAUGAUGAUAUGGAUGUUGAUUUAGCUCAACCUGAAUUUAAUGGUUUAUGGGAUAAACAACCGGUUAAACAAGAGAUCGAUCCACUUUUUAAUCGAUCUAAACAUUGGAAAACAAAAAUGGAUAAAGAUAUUUUACAACGAACAUUAACAAAAUUAAAAGAAAAUAUUGUUCGUGAACAAGUAGUUGGUGCGAAACGUUUUGAAGGGACUGUACCAUUUAAAAGUGAUCCAUCAGAAAUUUAUUUUAAAGAUUUUGAUGUUGGUAAAGUUUAUCGAACACGUGUUACAUUAACAAAUGUAACAUUAACAAUAAAUACAUUAAAAUUAGUUGAUUUAUCUGAAUCAUUAAAAGAUUUCAUAAUACUCAAAUUUGAACCACCAGGAAUGAUUUCCGCUGGUAUGUCUUGUUAUCUCUAUGUUACGUUCGAACCAAAAAUUAAUGAAAAUCUUCGUGGUGAAAUCAAAUUUCUUGCUCAAACAGGCCCAUUUACUGUUCCAAUUCGUUGUGAAAUAAAAAAAGUUGAAUUAUCUUUAGAUAAAACAGCUGUAAAUGUUGGAACAACUGUUGUUGAUGAACGUCUUCAUCAAAGUAUUACACUUCGUAAUAAUGGUGGAUUAGGUACAAAUUAUCGUUUGGUUAAAACAAGUUUAUUACGUACUGAACAAGCCAAUAAUCAGAAAGAAGAGAAUAAAACAAACGAUACAUCAGAUGUAGCAGAUUUAGUUCAAAAAGAAUAUAUUGAAGUUUUUACAAUAAAAGCUGAUGAAAAUGGUUUUCUUGCACCACAUGCAUCUAUUUCAUUUCCAAUUGAAUUUAGUGCUCCUAUAGCUGGUACUUUUCAUGAAGAAUAUACACUUAUAUUUGAUCAAAAUCAAUCUGAAUUAAAAUUCACUAUUAAUGCUCAAUCAAUUGAUGUACCUGUUUGGAUUGAAAACCCUUCGACUGAUUUUAAAAUUUGUAUGUUUGAUCGUUUAUAUCAAGAUGCACUUGUUCUUCGUAAUCGAAGUUCAGCUGCUCUUCGUGUAUCAGUUGAUAUCCAACCACGUGCAUUACAAAAUCAUAUUGAAAUUCUACCACGUACAGCUUAUAUACAAGCAAAAUCAAGUUUUAGUUUACAAAUUAAAUUAAUUGCUCGUCCAUCAAUUGUUGAUGAUAAUUUACCAACUGAAAUUUUCGAUCCACAAUAUAAUACAUUAAUUAUUCCACUUGAAAUUAAAGUUGGAGAUCAAAUUCGAACAGUUCCAUUUAGUAUAAGUGCAGUAUUAACAACAAGUGAUCUACAAUUUGAUAUUGAACAGAUUGAUUUCGGAUGUUGUACAACAAGUGAAAGUGUAGUCGCAAAAAUCAAUUUAAAAAAUAAUUCACUUCUAGCACAACCAUUUGGAUUUGUUAAUUUACCCGAUUAUAUUCAAGUACAACCGAAUGAUGGUUUUGGAACAUUAUUACCUGAAGAAACAAUUCCUUUGCAUGUUUUGUUUAGUCCAUCAGCAACAAAAGAAUAUCGAUGUACAUUAACAUGUAAAUCACUUGUUAAUCGUGAAUUUACAAUUGAUUGUCAAGGUGUUGGUGUUUUACCACCACUUUCUCUAUCAUCAACUGUUAUCCAUUUUCCAGCUACACCUAUUAAUGAUCAAUCAAUUGCUACCUUUUAUGUUGAUAAUCGUCAUAUGGAUAAAAAUCAUUUUAAACAUCCAGUACCACGUAUAGGAAAUGGUGAAUUUGCUACUGUUGGUGCAACAUCAUUUCAGUUUGAUGUACCGGAAAAUUCGCCGAUUAGUAUUUCACCUCUUGUUGGCACUGUUGAACCUGGAACAAGACAAAAAAUAACAGUACGUUUAGCACCGAAAGUCGAUAUAAAUGAAGUUCGAAGUGAAUCAAUUCGACUAAAAGAAAUCGAUUUACGACGACAAAUGGAGAACAAAGACUCACCAGAUAAAUCUGACUCAAAACAUAAAUCUCCAGGACCAACAAGUUCAACAGCUCGAAGACGUGGUACUAUUGUAAGCUUACGUAGUGACAGUAAUCUUUCUCCUGCUCCUGAAAAUUCAAAUGAUUGGUUCAUAUCUCAAUUAUCUGUAAUGAAAUCAUUUCCAUCGUCAAUAUGUUCUUUUCUUAUUCCAUGUUAUAUUGCAUCGGGUGAAUGUCCACGACCAGGCUUAUUAAAUUAUGAUGUUGCAAAUACAUUAUUUCUUCAAGUUCAUUGUCCAAUUGUAAGACCAGAAUUAAUUGUUAUAUCUGAUUAUGGACAAACAACAAUUGAUUUUGGUUCAGCAUCAAUUGGACAAGAAUUAUCACGUACAGUUCUUAUACAAAAUAUAACGAAUAAAACAAUUCCAGUACACAGUACUUUAUUGAAUAUUGAUGGACCUUUUCGAUUGUUAAAUGCUUUACGAAGUAUAGAAGCAGGUGGUACAGCACCAAUUAAAUUAACUUUUACACCAAAUGCAACAAUAGAGUUUUUGGAAACACUUGAAUUGAGUAGUGAUAGUUCGAAAUUAACAUUAUGUUUGAAAGGUUCUGGUCUAAAACCUAAUGUUCAAUUAUCAUUUGAUAUGAAUAAUCCAUUUUCAAUGGGAUGUGUUUUAGCUAAAGAUUACAUUGAAAAAACCUUUCAGCGAAAAUAUUUUUUUGCCAUUAUCGUUAUCUUCCUAUUCAUUUGA